AUGCCAAGGAGAAAGAAAAAUCUUGGGGGAAAUCCUUUUCGGAAGACUGCAAACUCUAAGGAAGUUGUCGUAUCCAGUGUUGCUAGUCAUGUGGAGCCAACUGCUACUCUUCCUUCCAUGGGUGAGACAAAAGUUGAUCAGGAGGAACUCUUCACCAGUAUCUCAGAGAUGUUUUCUGAUCUGGAUCCUGAUGUAGUGUAUUUGAUGCUUUCUGAAUGUGAUUUCAAAGUUGAAAAUGCUAUGGAUUGUCUAUUAGAGUUAUCUGCCACGGAUGCCAAGAUAGAAGAAUCGUCUUCACAAAGUUUCAUUGCUUCUGAGAACCAAGUAAGUGCAGCAGAAAGUGAAGUAAUGGAAAAGUGUCCUCCUGAAGAAGAGAGUGAAGAUUCAAAAAUGGAUUCAUUUUUGGACAUGCAGUUAACUGAAGACUUGGAUUCCUUAAUACAGAAUGCUUUUGAGAAAUUAAACUCUUCUCCUGAUGACCAAGUAUACUCAUUUUUGCCUUUGCAAGAUGUUAAUAGUUUUAAUGACCCGAGUGAGCUUAUAAAUUCUGAUUCAAGUACUAUGACUCCCAUUCUUUCUACACACAGUAUGAAUUUGAACAGUGAAAAUUUAGAGAAUUCUGCCUCCACAUUAAGUUCAAACCCAUUACCUUCACAUUCAGUUUUGAAUGAGUCCAAACAUUUUAUAAAGGAUAGCACAUUGGCAUUGGAAGGUAAAUACCCAGAAGAUUCUCUUCUCAGUAGUUCUUUAAAUCCAGCAAAUGACUCUACUGUGGGUUGUACCAAUCUCGAUCAAAAACAGAAAGAACUUUUAGAAUCUGAGUGUGCUGAGGCUCAGUUCCCUCAAGCUUCUGUACAUCUGGAUGCCAGCGAACCUCAGGCGCCUUUAAGCCUUCCAGGGCUUGAUUUACCAAGUACAGGUGGUGAUCAGAAAUGUGCUUCUGUCUCUGAUGUGUUUGUAUCUUCUGAAGGGUUCAAUUUUAAGCCACACAAGCAUCCUGAACUGCCACCAAAGGGGAAGGAUGUGAGUUACUGCCCGGUACUCACCCCGCUCCCUUUGCUGUUGCCACCUCCCCCUCCGCCGAUGUGGAACCCAAUGAUUCCUGCUUUGGACCUCUUUCAAGGAAACCGUGGCUUUGUAGCUCCUGUUGUGACCACAGCUGCACACUGGAGACCUGUCAACUAUACGUUUCCACCCUCAGUCAUUUCUCACACUUCCCCAACAAAGGUAUGGAGGAAUAAAGAAGGAACAAGUGCUUAUCAAGUACAAGAAAACCCGGUUUCUCAGGUUGUAAGAAAGAAGACAACAUCUUAUGUUGGACUAGUUCUUGUUCUUCUCAGAGGCCUUCCCGGAUCAGGAAAAUCUUUUCUGGCAAGGACUUUGCAAGAGGAUAAUCCGAGUGGAGUCAUUCUUAGUACUGAUGAUUAUUUUUACAUAAAUGGACAGUAUCAGUUUGAUGUAAAGUACUUAGGAGAAGCACAUGAAUGGAAUCAGAAUCGUGGUAAGACUAAACAUCAGAUUCUGGGUAAUAUUAAGAGUAAUACAGGCCAUGCGUGGUUGCUCAUUCCUGUAAUCCUAUCUCAAAAACAUAAAUAUAAAGUCCUUUUCCGGGAACCGGACACAUGGUGGAAAUUCAAACCAAAGGAACUUGCAAGGCGUAACAUUCAUGGUGUAAGCAAAGAAAAAAUAACAAGAAUGUUGGAACACUAUCAACGCUUUGUUUCAGUGCCAAUAAUCAUGAAUUCUGCGGUUCCAGAGAAAAUUGAACGUAUCGAGUUGUGUGCAUGUUCUUGUGAGGAUAAAAGUACUAGCCCAAGAGAAAAUGAAGAUAUCACCUCUGAAAAAGAAGAUAAUGUUUUAUCUUCAUCGUUGAAGCACCUAGAGUUAAUUGAAGAGAAAAGUCUUGAAGUCACCAAAGAAACUAUGUUACCUGUGAAUGUUACUUAUCUCCCUAAUGCAGAUUUAAACAAAGGAAGAGAAGAAAUAAGUGGUAUGAGUCAAAACAUUCAAAGUACUUUCGUUCAGGAAGUUCCACACAUGUAUUUUUCUGACUCUGAAAGCAAAGUAAGAGUGAUGGACAAAAGUGAAGAAGAAGUAGAAAUGUCAUCUGAAAAAGAAUGUGGUAAUACUGAUGCAGAUAGUUCUAUAGAGGGAGGAUCACCGAGUAUUUGCUAUGAUGAAAAUAAUCAAGAAGACUGUGAUCUUGUAAAUACUGUAUUCCUUCAAAAUGGAAAAUCUUCACCUGGCGAAACAUUAGAAGAAAGAGCAACAGUAAAGAAAAAAGCCUUUGGGAAACAAAAAAGUAAAUCAGCUUUGGAAAAGUUCCCGAGACAUGAGCUAUCAAAUUUUGUUGGUGACUGGCCAGUUGAUAAGACUAUUGGUCAGAGGACAAAAAGGAACCGGAAAACUGAAAAAGCAUCUGUACAAAGUGACAAAAAGUACAAUUGCCCUCAGUCGUGCAAAGUAUUAGAUAAUAGUGUAUCUGUGAAUAUAGAUUGUAUCCAGAAACAAGGAUCUCCACAUGAAAGUGUAGAGGAUGGCAAGAAGUCACAGGGUGAUGAUAUUUCGGAGCCACUCAAUAGCUAUAAAUGUGAUCCUUAUAAAAAUACUGAAAAAAACUCAUUCCACAUUGUGGGUGAUUGGCCUUCAUCUGAUUCUUUAGUUCAGAGGGAGCACAGAUCAAGAAUGGCAAAGACUGGUUUAAAUGAACCCGACCUAGAACUUGGAACAAAUGACAAUAUGAGUGAAAUAUCCUUACACACAGUACAUGAGGCCUGUUGGAGCACAAGCCUUGAAAAACUAAGAACAUUGGGUAGCUCCAGUCCAGAAAAUUCUGAAAUGCUACCCAGUGAAAUGACCUGUGAGAGUCAGAGUUGUCUAAGUAAAAAGAUUCAUGGGCAACACACAUUGCCUCUUACCAAUAGUGCACCAACUAUUCCUGGAGUAGUAGGACCACAAACUUCAGGUGAAUUUCCAGAGGGAAUGCCUAAAGGAGUCCCUGGAAUAGAAGUAGGCAUGUGUACUCAGACUGAACCACAGGAUUUUGCUCUCUUAUGGAAAAUAGAAAAGAAUAAAAUUAGUGUUUCAGAUUCUAUCAGAGUAUUAACAGGAAGAUUAGAUGGAUUUAAGCCGAAAGUUUUCAAUAUUAACACAAAUUCAGAUGUUCAAGAAACAAUUCCAUAUAGGGUAAUGUACGAUAAGAGCACAUAUGUUGAAGAAAGUGAGCUUACCAGUGCUGAUGAAUCCGAAAAUCUUAACAUUCUUUGUAAACUAUUUGGAUCUGUUUCAUUGGAAGCCCUAAAAGACCUAUAUGAGAGGUGUAAUAAAGAUAUUAUUUGGGCUACAAGCCUUUUGUUGGAUUCUGAAACUAAAUUAUGUGAAGAUACUGAAUUUGAGAAUUUCCAAAAAUCAUAUGAUGAAUCACAAAUUGGGCCAUUUUCUCUGGGAUUGAAUUUGAAAGAAAUUAUUAGCCAAAGAGGAACUUUAGAGGAUUCUAAUUCUUCUGUGUCAAACUUUAGCCAUGGAAUUGGUAUCAGUAACACUAAUACACAGUCUACCUGUGAUACAGAAAAUGAGCACUCAGAGCAGGCAGAAAUAAGAGCUAAAACUCCUGAAAAACCUGAUUUAAUAACAAGUAUAUUUCCUAGUGCUGCUGUAGAUCUAAAGAAUAAUAGUGAAACACUUCCUAACAGUCAGACAGAACUUUUACAUAGCAUUAAGCAGACUUUUCCAGGUAUUUCAAAAGCUACUACCCCUAAAGAUGUGAAUGAAAUGGAGAAAAAUCUAAUAGUCACAGAGACUGGAGAUGAUACACAUUCUUCUUUAAAUUUGUCCAUUUUAAACUCUGUGUCAGGCACUUCAAAUCUUGAAUUAAAUGAAGAAAUUUAUUUUACGGACUCUAUUGAAAUAAAGAAAAAUGAAAAUCUUCCAAAGGAUUGUGUGAAAUUUCUAAACACAGAAGAAUUUAUGAAUGAAGAUGAGCAGGAAAUGGAGAAAAUUCUAAUGACAGGGAGUAGUUUGUCAGCUGGAGUUAGUGAAGAAGAUAAAACUGAGAUACUGAAUCCCACUUCAGUGAUGACCACGUCUCUAACCAUAGACUGUCUGGAAUUGGCAUUACCCCCUGAACUGGCUUUUCAACUCAAUGAAUUAUUUGGCCCUGUUGGUAUUGAUUCAGGAUCCCUAACAGUUGAGGAUUGUGUGGUUCAUAUAGAUCUGAAUCUGGCUAAAGUGAUUCACGAGAAAUGGAGAGAAUCUGUGAUGGAGCGACAAAGACAAGAAGAGGUAUCCUCCGGCAAAUUUAUGCAAGAGCCUUCGGUGGUUGGACAUACUGGUCUUGAUAAUCCAGAACAAAAAUCAUCUCAGAGAACAGGCAAAAAAUUACUGAAGACUUUAGCAGCACCUGAAAUGCUACCCUUACUGGAUCAUUGGAAUACUCAAACUAAAAAAGUAUCACUAAGAGAAAUAAUGUCAGAAGAAAUUGCCUUACAGGAAAAACAUGAUCUGAAAAGGGAGACACUUAUGUUUGAAAAAGAUUGUGCCACUAAACUAAAGGAGAAGCAGCUCUUUAAGAUAUUUCCAGCCAUUAACCAGAAUUUCCUGGUGGACAUUUUCAAGGACCACAACUAUUCAUUAGAACACACAGUACAAUUUCUAAACUGUGUUCUUGAAGGGGACCCUGUAAAAACAGUUGUAGCACAAGAGUUUGUUCACCAAAAUGAGAAUGUCACUUCUAAUGCUGCCCAGAAGUCUAAAGAGAAAAAGGCAAAGAAAUCAAAAGAGACUGAAGACACACCGAACGAACCAUCUUUUCAGGAUUUUGAGUACCCAGAGUAUGAUGACUACAGGGCAGAGGCCUUCCUGCACCAACAGAAGAGGAUAGAAUGCUACAGUAAGGCAAAAGAAGCUUAUCGGAUGGGGAAGAAAAACGUUGCCACCUUUUAUGCCCAACAGGGUAGUCUUCAUGAGCAGAAGAUGAAAGAAGCCAAUCACCUUGCUGCUGUGGAGAUCUUUGAAAAAGUCAAUGCCUCGCUGCUGCCACAGAAUGUUUUAGACCUCCAUGGGCUGCAUGUGGAUGAAGCUAUAGAGCAUUUGAUGACAGUUUUACAGCAGAAAACUGAAGAAUUUAAGCAGAAUGGUGGUAAGCCCUAUCUGUCUGUGAUUACGGGGAGAGGAAACCACAGCCAGGGAGGAGUUGCUCGCAUCAAACCAGCCGUCAUUAAAUACCUCACAAGCCAUAGCUUCAGGUUCUCUGAAAUUAAACCAGGGUGCUUGAAAGUCAUGCUAAAGUAAAAUAAACAUCC